AUGGCUACGGUAUGGUGUUCAAAUUCUAUCGCACAUGAGAACAAAACAAAGAUUGGUAAAAAGCCAACGUAUCCCAAAGGACAACGUCGAAUGAGUUACGAUUUAGCAACAUUUCUGACUAGUUAUUCUGCGUUGUCGUUCACAGAGAACGACUACUUGUGCACUCCUUGUUAUCAACGAACAAUAAAAAAAUAUAAUGGAAUGUAUGCAUUCGAUAGUUCAUUGUCAUCUAUGGAAACGGAUGAACCCCGACCUACACGAGCUGCUGCUACCAUGGCUUUGUCUAAUAUUUCAAGUUUAAAUUCUCCUCACAUGUGUGAAUCAGAUAAUGAUGAAUCAUUGGAAAGUUCCGAUGAGGAAAUUACAAAUAUGGAAUCAAACUUCAACCGAGAAAAAGCUUUAGAGCUUUUGAAUAAUUUCUUUUCAAUGUGUGGUUUAUCAUCAGUUCGAGACAUACGAAAUCAAAAUAUACUUCGACAAAAGGUGAAUCAUGGAAUACGUUUGAUUCGCGAAGCUACGCAGCUACUAUGUCCCAACAAUUAUGAAGAAGAAGAAGAAAAUACUCGACUGAAUAAGACGAAAGAAAUAGCUAUCGACGAUAAUAAUGAACUUAUUUCUAAUUUUCAAUUACUUGUGAAUGUCAGUGACUAUUCCGAACAGAUCAGACUGAUGACUUUAUCUCCCAAAGCUUGGGGUCGUGUUAAAAUUUCAAACUUUUUCGGAUGUUCUGAUCAUCAAGCGCGAUAUGGCGUGCAUUUACGUGAUACAAAGCAAGUUUUAUCAUAUCCAAUAGAUUCGCGUGGAAAUCUUCCAUUUGAUCCAAUCAUCGAACAAACUGUUUUUGAUUUUUUCCACAGUGAUGAAGUUAGCAAGGCUUCGCCAAACAAAAGAGAUAUUUUACAAAAUAACAAAAACCCGAAGCCAAUUCGCUUCAUGCUUAUGACUUUACGAGAGUCUUAUCAAAAAUUCAUUCAAGAAAAUCCAACAAUGUCUGUUGGAAAGUCUACGUUUUGUUCGGUGAAACCGAAAUGGAUUAAGACCACUACUCCACAUGAUAAUUGUGCAUGUCAAUAUCAUGAAAAUCCUCAACUUAUUCUAAAUGUUUUAAAUCGACUUUUUAAUACUCGAUUAACUCUCUCUUUUCUGGUGCAAAUGACAGUUUGUCAAAAUCCCACGAUCGACUGUUUUUCAAGAGAAUGUUCGGCGUGUGAUACCGAAGUACCGUCGAAUACUUUUUUGCAACAAUUGAAGAACAGCGGGAAAGACGGAGAAGAGGAUGUGACAUGGGUAUUGUGGGAGAAAAACGAUAAACGAGUUGAAUUACAAAGGCAUACUACUUCUCUUAAUGCAGUUAUCGAAAAAUUUGACAGUCUGUGGGAAAAAUUUUUAAAACACCAUUUCGUGACAGUAGAACAACGAGAAUAUAUCAAACAAAUCAAGGCAAAGUCUUCUGAACAUAGUGUCGCUGUGAUUCAAUUAGAUUUUGCUGAAAAUUUCAAUUUGUUCAGUCAGUCAGCCGUUCAGUCAUCCUAUUAUAGCCAUCAACAAGUAACUAUUUUUACGGUGCAUAUUAAAAUGGGUGCUGGUCAUCGGAAUCUUGCCAUUAUAUCAGACUAUAUGAAACACACAACUGAAUUUGUUUAUUAUGCUCAAAUUUUGAUUAUUAAUUUCAUUAGAAAAUGGUAUCCGAAUGUGAAACAGUUAAACUACCUCAGUGAUGGAGCUGCAGCGCACUUUAAAAACGCCAAGAAUAUGUUAAACCUUACUUAUCAUGAACGAGAUUUCGGUUUGCCAGCAAGUUGGACAUUUUCCAGUACUUCUCACGGCAAAGGUCCUGUGGAUGGUAUUGGCGCUGCUGUGAAAUCUACAGCAACACGUCACCUGCUCAAAAGUACACCUGAACAGUCAUUUCUUUCAGCAGAGGAAUUUUUCAAGUUUACUCAACAAGUCAAUGAUCACCAAGUGAUAAAAGGCGAUCUUGAGCCUAAUCGACCAAUUGAAGUCUUUUUCAUAAACGCAUCUGAUGUUGACUCGGUUUUCAAAAGAACUCUAGAAAAGCGAUGGUCGCGUUUAACGAAAACUCAUUGGAUUGACGGUAUUCAAAGCAAACAUCAAUUUGAUCCGCUGGAUAUUGGAAAAAUUAAAUGUCGUCGAACAUCUACUGACGGAUAUUCGAAAACCUUUCAACUAUUUUAA